AUGACUAUGUCCAGCAACGGGACCAACGGUGUCAACGGCGUUGCCAAUGGCGCCAAUGGAUCCAGUACGGGUGCAAAGGAAUUGUGGCGACAUUCCGCCCCUCAGGAUACGCAGAUAUAUGAUUUUAUGAAGAAGGCCAACGAAAAGUACGGAUUGUCCCUGAACAAUUACAACGACCUGUGGCAGUGGAGUGUUUCGGAGCCCGCCAACUUCUGGGAACACGUUUGGAACUACACGCCUGUCAAGACUCAUAGUCAGUAUGACCAAGUCUUGGGCUCUGAUAGUCUUCUCUUUCCCAGGCCUAGCUUUUUUGAGGGAAGCAGACUCAACUUUGCAGAGAACCUUCUCUACCCAGCUAGCUCCCCGGAGGAAAGCGAUAUUGCGAUCAUCGCGGCUACAGAAGCUGACCGCGAGUACGUCUCUUGGGGGGAAUUGCGGGAACGCGUCCGGCGGUGCGCCAAUUCGCUGAAAGGAGCAGGCUUGCAGGCGGGUGACCGAGUAGCUGGGUUCCUGGGGAACCAUACUAACACCGUGGUUGCCAUGCUAGCGACAACGUCGAUAGGCGCUUUCUGGACGGGCGUGUCCCCGGACACAGGUGUUCACGCAGUACUGGAACGCCUGAAGCAAAUAGAGCCCAAGAUUCUCUUUGCUGAUAAUGCCUCCCUGUACAACGGCAAAGUUCACCCCACCGACAGUAAGAUCAGCCAAAUCGUUUCUGAACUGUCACGCCUGGAGUUGCUGGUCGUGUUCAAUACGGUCAAGUCGCAUAAGUUUUGCCUCGACGCAGUCACCCCAGUCCAGGGCAAAGCGUUGACGUAUGACGAAUUUCUCACUACUGGGAACCAGUCCGCGGCUCUGGAAUUCGCAAGCCUGGCACCGGAACAUCCUGUGUACAUCCUUUACUCUUCGGGCACCACAGGGGCUCCCAAGCCCAUCGUGCAUGGCUCUCUCGGGACAUUGCUGCAGCAUAAGAAAGAGCACGUGCUUCAUUGCGAUAUCCGCCCCGGCGAUCGUCUGUUCUACUUUACGACGGUGACUUGGAUGAUGUGGCAUUGGCUCGUCUCCGCCUUGGCCAGUGGUGCAACCAUCGUCUUGCCUGUUUCCUUGCAUUCGCUGAGAGCCAUUUUCAGUACCGGCUCGCCACUGGCCCCUUCUACGUUUGAAUAUGUUUAUUCUUCGAUCCAUCCUGAUAUCAUGCUUGGCUCAAUCACGGGCGGGACUGAUAUCCUGUCACUGUUCUGUGGUAGCUGCCCCAUCUUGCCGGUGUACAAGGGUGAGAUCCAGUGCCGUUGUCUAGGAAUGGCCGUAUCUGUGUAUGAUUACGCAGGCAACGACAUUAGCGCCUCUGAUGAACCGGGUGAUCUUGUCUGCACGAAGUCUUUCCCAGCACAGCCUGUGAUGUUUUGGCCACCGGGUCCUGUCGGAGCAGAGAAAUAUCGCAAGAGCUACUUCGAUGUUUUCGGGCCGUCCAUCUGGCAUCAUGGCGAUUUUGUCCGCCUGAACCCACAUACUAGGGGAGUUAUCAUGCUUGGGCGCAGUGACGGCGUUCUCAAGCCAGCAGGAGUCCGCUUUGGGAGCGCAGAGAUUUACAACGUUCUUCUGAAGCAUUUUGCCGAGGAAGUUGAAGACUCUCUCUGCAUUGGUCGCCGGCGAGACGGCGUUGACACGGAUGAGACAGUUGUCCUCUUCGUGAAACUCGCGUCAUCUGAUGGAUCUCCAGCGAGUAUGCCGUCCGACCUUGCGUACCGCAUCCAAACAACAAUACGUAAGGAGCUUAGCCCUCGUCAUGUCCCUGCUGUCGUCGACGCGUGCCCAGAAAUCCCGGUGACAUCCAACGGCAAGAAAGUCGAAAACGCUGUGAAGCAAAUCUUGUGUGGUCUGAACAUCAAGAUCGGUGCCAGUGUUGCUAAUGCUUCUUGUUUGGAGUGGUAUCGCACUUGGGCCGCUGAGCAUCCAUGA